GCUCCCCGGCGGCCCGGGCUCCGGUGUGACGGAUUUGGGAAGGCCGGGUGCGGGGAGCGAGGGAGCCAGCGUGGGUGGCCUCACAGCCUCUCCGCGGAGCCUUCAAACCCUUUGGCCGGGCCUGCGGGAGAGUCGGCGGAGCUGGCCUCCGCUUUGCUCGGACCCGGCGUCGCAGCGCCUUCCCCAUCCUGUUGGUGGGAGAGGGGUUCUCCGUCCCACCCCAGCCAGAGUGAGAGGGGAUGAGGAGACAGACUUUCGAUCCGGGAAACAGUCUCUUGUUUACAAUUGCUCUACCCGGAAGAGAGCUGCAGUCAAUGGGAGUGUCAGCAAGCUAGACGUCCUACAUCAGAAUCUGCAGCGCUUAGUUCUGUGCCGGGAGGGGAUUCUUCCCGCUUGGGAAUCGGAGUGUGACCCUGCUGCCGGAAAGCCUGCAGAGUUACGGGUUGUGCAGCCAAACAGGAAAAGGUGUACCUUUCUAGAGCCACCCUGUUGCUGUCUUGCACCCUCAGAAAAGAUGUGGAGUGGGCUGCUACCUCCUGGCCUAAAUGAAAGUGAUGUUGAGUUGAAUUCUGAUGAUGAAGCCACAGUAGAGAGCUCUGAACUGAACUUACAGGAAGGUAAAGAAGAUGGGACCAUUACAAACACAGAGAUCUCAGAUAUCCCUACAGAUGGACCAAAAACUGAAGCAGAGGCAAAUGUAAAUGCAUAUGAAGAGUGUCCCUCUGGAAUUCCCUUAAAUAUGUGGAAUAAAUUUCAAGAACUGCAUACAAAACAUUCUGAACAGAAAACCUCAACUUCAAGAUCCAGAAAGAAAAAAAGAAAACGCUCCAGAAAAGGUAAAUUGAAGAAUGAAGAAGAAUCUCAAAGUGAACAGUCCUCAAGUGAAACCCAGUGGAAGGAGCUUACUCAGUAUUUUGGAGUCAACGAUAGGUUUGACCCCCCUGUUAAAAGGAAAAAAAUUGAAAAGUCGGGCCUUGAAAAGAGCAUAGACCAGGCUGUGGAAGAGUGGAACGUUGAGCAGGCUGAGGAGCUCAGCAAUCAGCUAGCUACUCGAGAGCCCAGAGCAAAGAAACUGGAUGUCUGUCAGCCUGUGCAGCCUUAUCGGGGUAAAUUCCUGUCUGGCCUACUGAAAUGCUGAAAGCGCUUCAAGAUCUUCAUGCACGGCCCUCGUGGACCCUCGAGGGGCCUUAGUGUGGGAAGGAGUUCCAUCUGAGAGACUGGGCGGCUGGUGCAGCUGGGAUAAAGGUCUGUGGGAGGUUAGG